GGCAGCUAAUUAAGAUGGGAUCUCCCAACGCGCCGAAACGCGCACAGUAAUUCCGACGCCUACUACUAUUGUUAGGCAUCGUCUCGUAAUAUUCCCUCGGCAUCUUCCGGCCUCCCGGGGCACGCAGAUAUAAACACCCCCCCGUGCCCAGAUCGUUUCCUCGUCAGGAGCUCAGACACCGUUCUCGUGCGCACACACACAGACACAAAACCCACUGCAAAUCCGUCUGCACACACCCGAUCGACGAGAUGGCCGGCGUCGUGGUGGUGUUCGACUUCGACAAGACGAUCAUCGACGUGGACAGCGACAACUGGGUCGUCGACAGCCUCGGCGCCACGGAGCUGUUCGACCGGCUCCUCCCCACCAUGCCGUGGAACGCCCUCAUCGACACGAUGAUGGGGGAGCUCCACGCGCGUGGCAAGACCGUCCACGACGUGGCCGAGGUGCUCAGGUCGGCCCCGAUCGACCCGCGCGUCGGGGCCGCCAUCAAGGCCGCCUACGGCCUCGGCUGCGACCUCCGGGUCCUCAGCGACGCCAACGGCUUCUUCAUCGAGACCAUCCUCGACCACCACGGCCUCCGCGGCUGCUUCUCCGAGAUCAACACCAACCCGAGCCUCGUGGACGCCGACGGCCGCCUCCGGAUCGGCCCGUACCACGCGACGCCCCACGGGUGCGGCGUCGGCACGUGCCCGCCCAACAUGUGCAAGGGCCAGGUGCUCGACCGCAUCCGCGCCUCGUCUGUCGGCAAGCGGGUCAUCUACCUGGGCGACGGGCGCGGGGACUACUGCCCGUCGCUGCGGCUCGGGAGGGACGACUUCGUGAUGCCGCGCAGGGGGUUCCCCGUGUGGGACCUCAUCUGCGAGAACCCGGGCCUGCUGCAGGCGGAGGUGCACCCAUGGAGCGACGGCGGGGACAUGGAGGAGACGCUGCUGCGGCUCGUCAGGAAGGUGCUCGUCGAGGAGAGCAGGCUGUUGCCGCUCGACUGCUGCAAGCUCGAGUCGCUGCCGGUCGCCGCCGUCCAGGACGGCAUGCCCAUGCCGCUCGGCGUCAAGAACGUCUGAUAUCCAUCGUCGGUCUAUUAUGCUGAUAAAUUUGGUGGGGAUUCAUUCUCUAAUUGAUCUGAUUUGCUUGCCGUCCUCGAUCUGGUGGUGUGUAUGAGUUUGUUUCGUAGGAUGUCGGAGGAAACAAGUAUCGAGUUGAGGUGUUCUGUUCGAGCGCCAAUGGCGAGGUCGAAUAAUGUGCGAGGCUUGCAGUAAUAUUGACUAAUUUGUGUGUGACAUUGUGUGUCGUUGUGGAUGGAUCCUAGCAGUCGGUAAAGGCUCGUUGUAUCUCAUCGAUCUUACUCCUAUUGACGAAAAGAAUACAUGAGUUUGUGUGACGAAAGUCAUUUUCCAACC